UUCCAAGAUCUUCUAUUCAUACUACGAUGUGAAGGUCCUGGAACCAAGACUAGGGGGAGGGUUGCCCCCACCCUUGAAAAAAGGUAUCUCCCCCUCCACUUUCUGCUAUGCCAUUGGAGGUACGAAUUAAAUUGGCCCAUCAACCCCCCCCCCCCCCAAAAAAAUGAUUGGGCCAUAAGAUCUCCCCCUCUCAAAGCCUUUCUGCCUCCGCUGGGUAGGAGAUGAGGAAGGUUUGUUGGGCUGCCAGGCUAUUUCUAGAGAUGGUGAACACUUUGAUGCAAUUGCGUGUACUGAGUACAGGUUUAUACGCAUUAGCUAGUAGACCCUCUGUACUUCCAUUGCCAUGGACUUUUUAAUAUACGUGCACAAAUAAUCCAUGUAGUUGAAAUGAGUAACAUAAGUUGUUACUAUGUGGGAAGUGAACCAUUAGCAAAGUCAUUUCGUUGACCCCAAGGUCAGCUUCUUUGUGCCACCGAGUACCAUAAGGGCUGUACCUCACCUGCCUAUCGACGGGAAUGCAAACUUAAUCUUUUUUUUUCUGUGUGCUGUUUGCAAUAUGUAUUAUGCAAGGUAUUGUUUGUCCUGGGAUCUAAAGCCCGCAGUAGACUCGCAGUCUGUUCAUCAAAUAUUUUUAAGCACGCACAUUUCAAAGGUUAUGGGUAUUGCUUCAUACUGCCUGCGUGUGGAUAUUGGAAGGGGUGUUGUCUGCACGACGCAGGUUUAGGCUGCUUUCGCACUGGUUUAACCGGAAGAGAAAACUACAGGAAAAUGCAGGUGGUAAUAGAAUUUGUUUUGUGCGCUGUAUUCCUUAUACGGAUGUCCAGUGGCGAGGACCCUCCUGUAGUCACGACAAGCCAGGGUCGCAUUGUUGGCACGAAGCUUCAGUUCGCCCCCGAGGACCCUGCGCUUCGCAGGAGCGUGGACGCCUACCUCGGCGUACCGUACGCUGAGGCUCCCGUCGGUCCGCUGCGCUUCAAACCUCCCGUCGCUAAGUCAUGGAGCGGAGACCUGCAAGCCACCAAGCUGGGCAACCGAUGCCCACAGCCAGUAAUGCCAAUCGGCAAUAUCACAAUGACGGGGCCCUUUAAUGAGGAUUGCCUUGUCCUUGAUAUCUUCGUUCCUAAGCCCGUUCCACCAAAGGCCGCAGUGCUUCUGUUCAUCCAUGGUGGUGGUUACACCAUUGGGGCCGGCACCAUGCUGGAGAUAUACUCUACUCCGAUUGCCGCGCUCGGGGACGUCAUCGUCGUGGCCCCUAAUUACCGACUUGGGGUCCUGGGGUUCCUGUCCACAGGUGACGAAGUCGUUCCCGGAAACAUGGGGCUGUUGGAUCAACGUCUUGCAAUGGAGUGGGUCCGGGAUAACAUUGCAGCUUUUGGUGGUGACCCCCAGCGAGUGGCCAUCUUCGGUGAGAGUGCAGGGUCCAGCAGCGUCAGCUUGCAUAUGGUGUCACCGGGUAGUGCUGGGCUCUUCCGCGGUGCCAUCAUGCAGAGUGGUGACGCCACAUCACCUUGGGCUUUUUUACCGUCUGGCAAGGGACGAAGUCGUGCGUUCGCUCUGGGCAAGCUCGUGGGCUGUGAGGAACAAACAUCGGCGGAGUUACUGGAAUGCCUGCAGAAAGUGGAAGACCUAGACGUGUUUGUUCAAACCCAGUACGAAAAGAUGAUGGAGACUGUUGACAUCGAUGAAAUGAUGACCUUUCAGCCGAUUGCAGACGGAGACGUCAUCCCUUUUACCCCAGCCGAGCUCUAUGCAGAGGGCGCCAUCAACGAUGCUGUUUCGAUCAUCGGGUCCCUAGCAGAUGAGGGUAUGAUGAUGCUUUUGGGCGUUUUCCCGAACAUCACCGACGAGGCACCCAAUGUCGAUAGCGGCACAUUUGAGCUCAUGGUCCAAAGCCAAUUGGCCUGGCUGCUUACCCGUGAGCCUAUCGUGGCCGAGGCGGUCACGAUGUUUUACCGUGACACCUCUUGUAGGGAAGCCCCCAACUGCGACCAACUAGACAGCCUCUCGCAGGUCGUCGGUGAUGCCUCGUUCAUCUGUCCUGGGGAAAGAGCAGCGAAGGCCUUCGUCAAGGCCGGGCGUAAGGUGUACCGCUACCACAUGACCCAUGAACCUUCUUACAGCUUGAUUGGCAAAAAGUGGACAAAGGCGACCCAUGGUGAUGACUUGCCAUUUGUCUUUGGUCUCCCCUUUGUGCCUUCAGCGAACUGGUCGUUCACUGAGGACGAGGCCCGCAUGUCGAAGCAGAUUAUCAACUACUGGGCAAAUCUGGCAAAGACUGGUAAUCCAAACUUGUCCUCUUUGGAUGGUGAGCAGAGGGAGGAGGAGAAGCUGCCAGAAUGGCCGCUGUUUACCGUCGAGGAACUCGCGUACAAAGACCUGUCACCUUCCAUGGAGAAUGGGCGUGGCAUCAAGGCAAAGGAGUGCAUCAUGUGGAACGAGUUCCUCCCUCAACUCCUCAAAACCGCCGAAGAAGCAAAGAAGUGUGAAGAGGCUCCGACCGAAUCCUCAAGCAAAGACAGUGCAGACAAAGAGGUUGAACAGGGUACAUGCACGAAAGAGAACUGCCCAGAGGAUUAGGCAUAUCUACCUUCACACAACGGGGGCCAAAAUUACUCUCAUAAUGUCACAGAAUUGGGCAACUAGGUAUUUUUAUUGCCAAGAGCAUAGUGUAGGUAUUUUUAGGUUGUUUUUGAACCGUUGUUCCGCUCUUACCACUGCGCUAUUAUUUUUUUGGGGGGGACUGAGGGGGACGGGUGUUAAAGAUGUAAUGUUGAAUAGACUUACAAUAAUGUCAAGGCUUGUUUAGAUGUGUGGUUUGCUAUGACAGCGAGGUGGGAAUGGGACACGAUCCAUACUAAACCCCGUAGCGCACGUUAAAAUGUAGCGUCUUUAUGCCAUUGAUGUAAAUUUGUAUAGAGAGCAUUGGUCCUUCAUCCAAUUAACAACAGAUAAAAAAAACGAGUCGUGUGAUUAUUGCAAAAUGUUUAUGCCUGAUUUCUUAGGCCUGUUCUUUUUAGUUAAUUUUGAAUCACCACAAUUGAUUGAAGAAUGAUAUCCAACUAACCCGCUUUUUCAAACUCUCUUCAAGACAAAUUCAAUGACGGUCGACUUGGGGUAGUUUAGCAAUUACUGUUGUGUAUCAUUCCACGAACUUGAGAAAAACGUUCAUUUUUAACCCUGCGAGGGCAGCACGUGUAAUUUGCCUCGAAAAAAAAAUGGGCCACAGGACGUUUUUGAGUGCCUGUACAAUGCACUGGCGAGGUCAAUCUGCAGACCAAUUAUGACCUUAACAAUGCAUUUUAUCAUGGCUUCGUGUAAUACUAGUGGUCGGCAAAUUUACCUUCAAGUUUGUGUUUCCUCUUCAACAAUAAACGUUUCAUGUACAUAUAUGUAACGUUAGUUGGCCCUCAUGAGGGACCACUGGAUACAUGGCAUGCAGAUGUUAGGCCUACGGAAUUACUAUAACAGGCUACAAUGUAAUUUGUGUUUGGCUAUUUAAUUUGUCUUUAGUGUUAGCUCGAAUGGAGUCUUUUUACAGACAUUCUCCUCAGGUAACGGCACACGUGCACGCAUCUACGCGUAUCUUGUGCAGGACAUGAUCAGACAUGUCUUUCGUCUCUUUGAAGGACAGUUCACGCCUGACGAACAUCAGUCAUUUAAAAACACUCACCAAGUUCCACAGCUUCUGCAAAGUCGCCCUUGAACUUCCUGCGAUUUCUCAAACUCCUGCAAUGGCUAUCUUAACACACAGUUUCGUCACAUAUUUGUCAGACUGUAAGGUUGAAUAAUGAUCAAGGCAAGGUAUCAAGCUCAGAGGCACGUAACGGUCAAGCCAGCAUCGGGUAUCCCAUAACUUUAUAUCGACCAAUCAGAAGGCUGUAAGACAAGUUUAAACACCAAUGUCAAGUAACACCGGUUUUCUUUUCAAUUUCAAUGCCUUAGGAAUUAUUUAUCCCCAACACCAAAAAAGAUAGGCGCUAAAAUUUAACACCACAGUUUCCGCAGUGAACAGAACAAAUAUAAGAAUACACUUCCAUAACUAAUACAAACAAUAUUUAAGUACAGCGCGUCCACUGGUGUGGCACAGCGCAGUGAAGGUUGUGCAUGUCUGUAGACACGCGUAUGUACUGUACAUGCCUUCUCAAAACAUUUUUAAGAAAAGUAUUGAUGCUCACUGAUUGUUAUGCAAAUAAACAACAAUGAAUGAGCAAAUACGAGAAAAUGUAGACCAGCAAAGUACAAAAAAUGCAGGUGACUUUGUGACUUACAAACCAAUGUAACAUUGAGGCAUUCUUUCUUGGAUGACAUCAUGCUUUUGCUUAUGAAUAUGGAAAUAUCAUUAGCAUAAAAACCAACCAGGCAGUACAUUUACCUUUGAGAUAGUGGGAAAAACUUGAAAAUGAGGUUAACUGAGACACAAGGUUAAGGUUAACUGAGCCCUUUAGAGUCUACAUGUUACGACCAAUCGCGGAUGACCAUGGGGCAGUGUUCUGGGCAUCAUUAUCUUGGUAGGUAGGUCCGCAAAACUGUUCGUUAUUAAGUUAUGGAUGUCGAGGCCAGACUCGGACAGUUCAAUAAACAUCGAGGCAGAAGCAAAAAGUACCAUGUCACAACAUUAAGAGGAAAUAUUUUUAUAAAUGGUCUGCCUUAGAAAUGGAAUGGACAAGAUCCGUAAAUUUGUAGCAGAGAUGACAAUCAGUUCUCUUUUUUUCUCAAGUAGGUUUACAUUAAAAUGAUAUGAAAAGUGAUUCACAAUAAUACAUAAUACAAGAUGUAAAGUCUUAUUGGGCGGAAUACAGUAUGUUACAAAAGAAUGGAAUUCCACAUACAUGCAUUCCACAUCAAAAAUUCCACAUAACAGAUUACAUCGUAGAAUAAUUGUACAAUUAUGUUUGAUUCUCCAAGUCUUCAUUCAAUCACAUAUUUCAAUUUAAUUCCUAAGUUCCUCAAUUUCCUAAAUUUCUUAAUUCCCCGGAGCGUCAAGCUGGGGGAUGCAAGGUAAUACAACAAUGUCAAACAAUAACUGAAAGCAAUAAUUGAGGGGAAAAAAUAAUUCCUGUAGAUAAUGUAUAUCUUUAUCAUUACUAGAUUUCGUAUGAUUUUAUCAUUUAUUCGCUCAACAAUGAACACUUAACUUUGUCUGAAAGGUGCUGUUAGCGUCAAGGAUUUCCUUUCUACGCUGUGGCCUACGACGGUAUGUGAAAAUGACCCCAAUGACUUGUGCAAAAUAGCAGGAGUUUUGCUUGUUUUGCAACGAUGGUGGGAGGCGAAAUUGAAUAAUAUUUUGAUGAACCUUCUAAAACGUGCUUAACGGUAGGCCUACCGGUAGUUGGUUGACGGGUUUUUUUAUCGAAUCCUCGUUGCAUUUGUAUUUCCUGCCAUUGUGCACAGAAGAGGACCUUCUUCCUCGAGAUGAAUUUUAUCAAACACAAUAUACGAUUAAAUAUGCUUGGCAGUCGUUUCAAA